UAUUAUAAAAAUGGAACUUAUUAAAGAGGAGAGUGAAGACAUUAAUAUCGAAGAAACAUUCACAGUCAAACAUGAAGAUACCGAGGAACAAAGAGAGAUUGCGUUUAUUAAAGAGGAGAGUGAAGACAUGAGAAUUGAAGAAACAUUCACAAUCAAACAUGAAGAUACUGAUGAACAAACACAGAUGGAGUUUAUUAAAGAGGAAAGUGAAGACACUAAGAUUGAAGAAACAUUCAGAGUCAAACAUGAAGAUACUGAGACACAAACAGAUCUGAUGCUGCUGAAAGAGGAAAUUGAAGAACUAAAUGAAAUGGAUGGCAAAGAUCAGUAUAAGAAACAUGAUUUCACUGGAGAAAAUUUUAGUUGCUCACAAACUAAACAGACUUUAAAAAAGAGAGCUCAAAAGAUUGGAACUAGAAGUCAUUUCAAUUGUCAACAAUGUGGAAAGCAUUUUGAUAAAAAAAGAGCCCUUAACAUUCACAUGAGAAUUCAUACAGGAGAGAAACCUUACACCUGCUCUCAAUGUGGACUAAGCUUUACUCAAAAAGGAACCCUUAACAGGCACAUUAGAAUUCACACUGAAGAGAAGAAUUACUCCUGCAAACAGUGUGGAAGUAGUUUCUGGCAAAAAGGAGACCUUAAAAACCACAUGAGAAUUCAUUCUGGAGAGAAGCCUUAUACAUGCCAACAGUGUGGAAAGAGUUUUUGUCAAAAAGGAAAUCUCAAAGUCCACAUGAGUGUUCACACUGGAGGAGAGAGAUAUUUCAACUGCCAGCAUUGUGGAAAAAGUUUCAAUAAAAAAGAAAGCCUUGAAAUCCAUUUGAGAAUUCACACUGGUGAGAAACCUUACACCUGCCAACAAUGUGGAAGGAGUUUCUGUCAAAAAGGAAACCUCAAAGUCCACAUGAGUAUUCACACUAGAGAGAGCAACUGCCAACAAUGUGGAAAAAGUUUCAAUAAAAAAGAAAGCCUUGAAGUCCAUUUGAGAAUUCACACCUGUGAUAAGCCGUACACCUGCCAACACUGUGGAAAACGUUUCAUUAAAAAAGGAAACCUUGAAAUGCACAAUAGAAUUCACACUGGGGAGAAACCUUUUGUCUGCCUUCAAUGUGGACUAAGUUUCACUCAAAAAGGAACCCUUAACAGCCAUAUUAGAAUUCACACAGGAGAGAAGCCUUACACCUGCAAAAUAUGUGGAAAUAGUUUCACUCGAAAAGGACGCCUCAAAACCCACAUGAGAUUGCACACUGUAUAAAAGUCUUAAACCUGCCAAAAGUGUGGAAAGAGUUUCUAUCAAAAAGGAGACCUCAAAGUCCACAUGAGUGUUUAGACAGGAGUGGGAUAUUUCAUCUUCCAAUAAUGUGUUAAACAUUUCACUUAAAGGGGAAAACUUGAAACCCACAUGAGAGUUCACAAUAAAGAAAAGACUUCCAUAUGU